AUGGCUUCAUUGACUACAGUAGAACAGAGUCCAGCCAAAUGCAAUACAACCCCCGAAAAGUGUAACAAUAGCACUGCAGAAAUUAAUUCAACAGUAGGUGCAAAGACAAAAGAAACAAAGAAAGGUUUCCCGUUCCAUGAUUUGGCCAAAUGGCAAGAACAGUACAAGAAUAAAUCCAGCAGAAACGAGUCAGUAGUAGCACUGAUAUACUUACUAGGCUCGAUGCUGUCCUUUUGUCUCCUAAUAUUUUUCACGGACUUUUACUUGAUACCUUUGUUCCCAACCACUACAACAAUGACGGAUUAUAUCGUAUUCAAUUUCUAUCUAUUGAAUGUUUUUGUAUUUUGUAUGGUGCAUUUCAUUUAUCAUUUUAUCAAAAACAUUUCUUUACAGCAGCAUCUCGAACACUGGCAAAAGUUUUCGUAUUUAUCGAACAUUAACCUAUUGAUAUCAUCUCAAAUCACAAUUCUUUAUUAUCUAUUCUACGAUUACGUGUUUUUCUUCAAAAUUUUUACUCUCUUGAUGAACUUCAUAGGGUUGGUGGCAUACUUUUUCAUAUUAACUGACAAACUUAUUUCCUCGAAAAGAUUUAAUAAAACGGUUUUCUUUAUUUCAGUGUCAGUGAUAUGUUGUUCCUUACCGCUAUUAACCGCAAUCAUCACAUUCGAUGGAUUGGAAAAUUUGAAAGAGAGAAUAAAGGUUAACGCAAUCACUUGGGAGCUAGUAGCGUUGGUGGCGGCAUCCAUAAUUUACGUUACUAGAUUCCCAGAAUUGUUUCUCAGAGGAAAAAAAAAGGAAGAAGGGUGGAACCAUUCAGAGUACCUUUUCCACCUCAUUAUUUCUGGAGCCGCUUUCUACCAUUUUUUUAUUUUGAUUCAAUCCUAUAUUCUGAUGCAUUCGAGUUUGAAUCAGCCCGAGUUAAUUAAUUUCAAGUCUUAG